AUGUCUACAUCAAAGCGAGUUCGUCAAUCGGCACUAACGAGUAACGACGAUUUGGCUGAAGCUACAAGUGCUUUCAUCGAAUCUUUACUAGCGCCAACGAGUAGUAUUUCUCAAACACGAGAAAAACAAGUCAAUUCCUUACAUUCUAAACGAAAGUCGGCCGGAAAUCAGUUACAAACUGAACGAGAAGCCAUAUCAGCCUUGAGUGAGUCUGUAAAUCAAAUUCCAAUCGACAGCGAUACAACACAAAAGAACAAUGCCGACGACUGGGUUUGUCCAGUAGCUGUAGCAUUAAGACGAGCUGGAUAUGACGUACCGCUUAGACCUUCGAAAUCUUGGCUCGAACAAGGUUACUAA